AUGUCAGGUUUUUUCUCACUAGGUGGAUCAACAUUUGCCAUCACAAAAGACCCACAUCAAGAAAAUCAUGACCCACAUGAUAACAAUAAUAAUAAUAAUAAUAAUCAAGACAACCAUGAUCAUCAUCAUCACCAAGAUAGUAUAAUCACUCCAAAUAGUUUAUAUCUAUUCAAAAACGAAGAGAUCUACAACAAAGGCUUUGACUUAUGGCAGCAAUAUUACCAUCAACUUCAUCGUCAUCAACAAAGUCCAACUCAACAACAACAUUAUGAUCAUCAUCUUUCUAGUACUAAAAGAACAACUUCAUGUGGUGUUGAAGAGCUUUGUCUUAACAACAACAAUAAUAGUAGUAGUGAUAAUAAUAGUAAUUUGUAUACUACUUGGAAAGAGAUGAGGGCUAGUAAUUCAGGAUAUGGAAAUAUAGGGGGUGAACAUGGAGGUAGUGGAAGUGGAGGGGGAGGGGUGAAUUGUCAAGAUUGUGGAAACCAAGCAAAGAAAGAUUGUCAACAUAUGAGAUGUAGGACUUGUUGUAAAAGUAGAGGUUUUCAAUGUCAAACACAUGUUAAAAGUACUUGGGUUCCGGCUGCUAAAAGGCGGGAAAGACAACAACAAUUGCAGCAGUCUUUGACGGUAGCACAACAAAAUCAACAACAUAAUAUGGCGGCGGCUGGUGGUGGUGGUAGUAGUCAACAGCUGAGUUUGAUGAUGAGAGGUGGUGGUGGUGGUGAUGGGGUUGAUCAGAAUCCAAAGAGAUUGAGAGAAGAUCAUCAUAAUCAUCAACUUAUGGUUUCCACCGGUGGUGGUGUGACGGCGUUGAAUUUGCCGGUGGCUCAUCAUCAUCAUCAUAACACUUUAGGGUUUGAAGCGGGUCUUUUCCCUGCCGAAGUGAGUUCUCCAGCGGUUUUCCGAUGUGUUAGAGUGAGUGCAAUGGCCGAGGCGGAGGAGCAGCUAGCGUACCAGACUGCGGUUAACAUUGGGGGACAUCUUUUCAAGGGAAUUCUUUAUGACCAUGGUCCGGAUGGUGGUAGUAGUAGCGGCGGCAGAUCUCAUCAUCAUCAACAACAACAACAACAUAAUCUAAUAACCUCGGGCACAAUGGGAAUGGCCAACGUGGUUACCGUGGCUCAUCCUAGCGUGACCGGUUCCAUUGAUCCGUCUAUUUAUCCAACUCCACUCAACGCUUUCAUGGCCGGUACGCAAUUCUUCCCACCACCAAGAUGAUCACAUAUGAUCAUCAUCACAACUUAUGGUAAAAAAUAAUAAUUAGCUAGGAAUUUGCUAAUUGUUAUUAUGGAAC